GCCGGGCAGGGCGGUGGCGGGCGGCGAUGGUGUCGCUGGGGCAGCGUCGCCCCCCGCCCGGGGACCUGGCGGCGCUGGCCGAGCUGGACGAGGCGGCGCUGCUGGCCGGGCUGCGGGAGCGCUUCCUGCAGCAGCACAUCUACACCGACAUCGGGGACAUCCUCGUCGCCAUGAACCCCUUCCAGCCGCUGCCGCUCUACGGGAGAGAGGUCUCCGAGCGGUACCGGCGCUUCCAGACCGACGCGCUGCCGCCCCAUAUCUUCGCCGUGGCCAGCCGCGCCUACCACGCCAUGCUGGGCCGCGGGGGCGGCGGGCCCCGCAACCAGUGCAUCCUCAUCAGUGGAGAGAGUGGUGCUGGGAAAACAGAGAGUACGAAGUUUUUGUUGCAGCACAUAAUGAACCUAUGCAAAGGCAACUUGCAGCUGGAGCAGCGGAUCCUUCAGGUGAAUCCAUUGCUUGAAGCUUUUGGCAAUGCCCAGACUGUGAUGAAUGAUAACAGCAGCCGCUUUGGAAAGUACAUACAGCUGCGUUUCCAGAAAAAUACAGUGCAAGGUGCAAAGCUGAGUGAGUACCUGUUAGAGAAGUCACGGGUGGUGCAACAGGAUACUGGGGAGAGGAAUUUCCACAUCUUCUACUACAUGUUUGCUGGACUGUCUUCAGAGCAGAAGGAGAUAUAUGGGUUGUUGGAUCCUUCACUCUACAGGUACAUAAGUGGACGAUUUGGUACACAGGAAGUAGCUGAACAGUGGAAGCACAAAUACCAAGAGGUUUGCAAUGCCCUUGACAUGGUGGGCUUCCAAGAACAGGAACAAGUAGACAUGCAGGCUAUCUUGGCUGGUGUGUUGUCUCUGGGCAAUGUGACCUUUGAGCCUGAGGAGAGCAAUGGGUCUGUAAAAGUCAGUGAAGCCUCCCGGGGAUGGCUGAAGGCUGCAGCGGGUCAGUUUGGAGUCCAGGAAGAUGAGCUGUUAAAAUGCCUGAUUUGUACAACGUCAGUGACCCGAGGCGAGCAGAUCCAGCGUUUUCACACCCAGCAGCAGGCAGAAGAUGCCCGGGACUCCAUUGCGAAGGUGGCCUACGGCCGAGUGUUUGGCUGGAUUGUUUGCAAGAUCAAUGAGCUUCUGGCUGAGAAUGUGGAUCCUGAGGUGGAACUGAGGGAGAUAGGCAUCUUGGAUAUUUUUGGGUUUGAAAACUUCGCAGUGAAUCGUUUUGAACAGCUUUGCAUAAACUUGGCCAAUGAGCAGCUGCAGCAUUUCUUCAACCAUCACAUUUUCCAGCUGGAGCAGGCUGCCUAUAAGGAAGAAGGGCUGCCUUGGGAGACCAUCACAUUCAACAAUAAUGAACCUAUUCUGAAUCUGCUCCUGGCCAAGCCCAUUGGGCUGCUGUCUCUUCUGGAUGAGCAGAGUGCAUUCCCUCAGGCAACUGAUAAGACGUUUGUGGAUAAACUAAACAGCAGCUUUAAGGGGAAUUUACACUUCCAGCCAGCCCGAGGCCGUGUUUUGGGCUUCAGCAUCAUUCACUAUGCUGGGAAAGUACAAUAUGCUGCCAGGGGCUUUCUAGAGAAGAACAGAGACACCUUGCCAGCCAAUGUCCGUGGGCUCUUCAUCAGCAGCAUCACCCCUCUGCUCAGUGUGCUGUUCACAGCCACUAUCUCCAGGACGGGGACCCUGAUGCCUCACAUGAAAGCCAAGGUCAUACCAGGAGCAGAUGAGAAGUUUAACAGCACACGGAAGCAGUCUGCUGGAGCUCAGUUCCGGCAUUCCCUGAUGGUGCUCAUGGAGAGGAUGUAUUCUGCCAACCCACACUUUGUGCGCUGCAUAAAGCCCAACAUCCAGAAGGAGCCAGGUGUGCUGGAUGACCAGGUGGUGCUGCUGCAGCUCCGGUACAAUGGGCUGCUGGAGACAAUCCGAAUCCGAAGGGAUGGUUUCUCCUGGAGACCCUCCUUUGAGGAAUUUGCUGAAAGAUACGGAAUUCUUCUAGUUAAACCUGGUGUUCCCCUCACAAAAGAAAGCUGCUUGGAGAUACUGCAAAGUACAGGUCUGAAAGGCUGGAUUUGUGGAAAGUCACGACUUUUCUUUAAAUAUUGGCAUCAGGAACAGCUGGCAAAGUGUGUGGAGCAACUGGAAAGAGCAGCAGUUGUCAUACAGAAAGUUUUUAGGGGAUUCAGAUGCAAGAAGAGUUUCUUAAAACUGUUGGCUGAGCUGAGAGCUCAAGCACAGCAGCUACAGGAGGAGGCAGAGAGAGAAAAAAUCCAGCAGCUGGCGCUGGCAGCAGCAGCCCAGGAAAGAAACUCCCUUCCAGUCCCCAUGCCACGAAAGAGGCGCCCUCAGUCUCAUCCUCAUCCUUCUGAGCAGUCACAACAGCCACCAGUGCCACGGCCACGCAGCAAACUAACAGAGUCCACUCCUUUUGACAACUUCUUGAGCCCUUCUGUGCCUCGUCCUGUUCUGGGAACUGAGGAACAGACUGGGGAAGAAGCAAAAGUGAGGAAACUCAAGAGAGGAGCAACUCUCCGCUGGUUCAAAGAGACACAGGCCCAGAAGGUCAUGCAAGAUGAUGGGGCCUUUCCAAGCUGGCUGCAUGGGAUGAUCAGUCGGAGGGAAGCUGAAAACUUGCUGAUUGACAAGCCUUUGGGUUGCUUCCUUGUUCGGAUCAGCCAGAGUCGACCAGGCUACAUCUUGACAUACCGGGGCGAAGGCCGCUGCAGACACUACAUGAUCCAGAUGCAGCCCAAUGCACGCUACGUCAUCCUGGGGGAGGACCGGGCUCACGCCUCGCUCACCGAGCUGGUGCAGUAUCACCAGACCAUGGGCAUCCAGCCCUUCAUGGAGAUACUGACUGUUCCCUGUGGGCAGAGGGAUGUCCCAUUCUGGCCAAGCAGCUUGGCUGCUUCUGCACUGGAAAAUGCUACUAGGUGGAGAGUCCUGGGGUGGGGGAGAGGCAGUGGCAGGUGGAUGACACCCUGCUGCCCCCUCAAUGUCAGCAGUGGACACAGAUGGAAAAGUAGUGAGAGCCUGAAUUACGAAAAUCUGGAGGGUCUCACACUGAGUUCACCAGCAGACAAGGGGGAGACACCUCCAGAGAAGCAGUCCUGCCCCUCCAUGCCUUCCACCGGCAAACCUGCUCUGCAGUGGUUCAGGAGAACUAAGAAUUCCCAAAACCAAUGGACCACAGACAAGAAUAGAACAAAGUCUAGCUCUGGAGAGAGCAGCCAACAAGCCUUCCCUCGCCUCCGCUCUUCCAUACGCCUGGCAAUGCAGGAAAUCCAGCAGUUCACUUCCAUUUCCAUGAACAUGGCGAGACAGAGGAGGUCAUUCCAGUGAGGAUGUACAGCCUGAGCAAACACGGUCCAAAUGGGUCAGACCUGUCCUCUUCCAGUGCUGUUGGGCCUCGCCUAAUAGUCAACACAUCCAGACAUACAGCAGCCUUUUUCCUUUUCUUUUUUUUUUUUACCUUUUUUUUUUUUUUUGCUGCAACCAGCUGGCCCUGUGCUUUUAGACAAGGCUGAUGCAGAAGUUAAGUUUCCUGAGCACUGAGGAACUGUGACUGCAGUAUCUGGACUAGUCUGAUCCUGGCAGAGGGGAAAGCAUGGGAACAGUCACACUGCACAGACCCACAGUGCGUGACAGUCUGUGUGUCAGUUCUUCAGUGUUCCUGGAGACUCCUCACCUGGCACUGUGAAGUCACAAACUGGGUAUCUCCCAGCAGCCUGUUCUGUCACAAGUACCUGAUUACCUACCUCUUUCUCUUUAAAUACUCUCUGUUUUGGUCCUGUGUAUCUGCUGCUCUGGGAGCCAAGGGAAGAUGGGCUUGGGCAGUAAAAAAUAAAACUGAGGUGUCCUUUUUGUUGAGUGCAGGAGCACUUGAACAGAAACUGACACAAGGUCAAAAAGAUCUUUUUGUAGAGGGGAUUCACUGCCCUUGCAUCAGUGUGCUGGCACACUGCUCCACAGUCCUUAACCAGAGUUAAAGUCAGGGAAUCAUUGCUGAAACCCUCUUACUCAUCCUGGCUGGAAUCUCUACAAGUCCAGGCUGGACAACAUACUGCUUUACACUGAGGGUGGGUAGAGAGCAUGGAAUGUAAAGGGCCAUACUACUUGUACUGUUUUCCCUACCUUUUAAAAUAAAUCUCUUAUUUUUUUCCUCUAA